AUGUCUGGUAACGCCUCGGAAACCGCGGUGGAGAAGUACCGUUACGAAAUCCUCUUCGGCGCCUGGCUGGCCGUCACAGGCGCGACAUUUCUCCGCAUCAAGCGCCAGCCCUACUCGACCCGUCUGAAGAUCGAGCAGUACGAGAGCAUCUUCAAGGGCACAUCGCUCAGUGCCGUGCUGAUCGGAAUUGGAAUUACACCUGCGCGGACGACAGCAAGGCGAUUCAGCGGGAAUUGA